UGCUUUGCUUACCUGGACAAAUCUCUUCUGAUCAUAUAAAGUUUAUUAGUGAAUUUUUAGGAUUUAUAAAUUUAGUUGUAAUUCAUGAAAAAGUUGGAUGAUCUGUUUUAGGUUGAAAUAGCUUUAAAGCUCUUUGUGGUGUAUGUUUUUGUUUUUGUUUUUUUUUUUUAAUUUGAAGUUUUGCUUUUCUUAUGUCAAAUGAAGAAGAUUGUUCAUUUUUCUCUGAAAUUUCACAGCUACGUUAAGUGAAUACUUUUCCAUUAUGACCGAGCUGAGUCAGCUGACCCAACCGCGGAAUAAUACCUUCAUUGGAGUUUCCCAUUCUCAACCCACCUGGAAACAAAAUGGAGUCGUCCCGGAAUGGUUUCACUGGAAAAUUAGCAGGAAGUCUGCAGAAGAACUUCUCAUGUCCAAGCCUUCAGGCUCCUUCCUCAUCAGAGUCAGUGAAAGUCGAGUUGGCUACACUCUCUCAUAUCGUGUCAAGGACCACUUCCGACAUUUCAUGAUCGACACCAAGGAGGACGGCUCUUGCGCCAUCGUGGGCGAGAAAGGGCGUCAUCCCAGUCUUCAACAACUGGUGGACUUUCACCGAAAUGUCCCCAUCUCGACCCACAACGAGUUGCUGACCCUCUCUUGUGGACAGACUCCCCCCGUUGCCGAUAUCAAAACCAGCGAGGACAGUUCUGUGAAUUCCAACAAGAUUCCCAUCAUAUCAAAAGUUCCCAGUCUUGAUCAUCAGAAUAACAAUGAAAACCACAGCCAAACACACCCAGUCGUGCCCGUUCCAAAGACCAGGAAGAGAUACCUCACUGACAUCACUCCACCUGUCGAACCUCUCAAGACUAAUCCUGAGAGUUCGCUCACUACCAACAAAACAGAGGUGGCCCCCGUGCCUACCCUUGACCACCAAACUGACACAAACACGGAGAGGACCGCGCUUUCUAUAACGGAGGAGCUCCAGAUGAGUUGGGAGCAGCUGUUUGACGCAGCACUCUCUGCUUACAAUGACGAAGGUGAUUUGCUACAGCCGGAGUACAGACCACCUCCCCCUUUCGCGCCCGGUUACUCAUCAGGACCCAUCUAAUGUGAAUGCUCAAUCGGAAAACAGGACACUAAGACUUUCCAAUUUAAGUCAAUCUGGCAUUCACCGUACUUUUAUGAGCUAAUCAGCCCAAAUGAUGGGUCUGAAUUCAGUAACACAAUAAUAGUAUACAGUAAAACAUGUUUUGUGUUUAUAAACACCAGAUAGGCACUAUUAAGGGUGUAACGGUACAUGUAUUUGUAUUGAACCGUUUCGGUAUGUGGUGCUCGGUUCGGAACGGAGGCGUACCGAACGACGUAAUGUAACCCUCACUUUUCGAGUCUGUGAGUCGAUCGGGUUACAGUUUCUUUGUGUAGAUUAUAUUUACUCCGUAUUCUCUCUUUUUUCUUUUUUCUUUUUUCUUUUUUUUUUUUUUUUUUUUUUUUUUUUUUUUUAACCUGUCCUGUUCAGCUGUUUGACACGGAGAAUGGAAGUCUAAGUGUCCGGAUAGUCUGAACAGUUUUAAUGUUUCACAUUGAGAGUCUGACAUACUCCCUUUGUGAUCAUUCAACAUACCUCAUUUAUUAUGACAAAACGGCAAACUGGGGGAACAAAAGAAAAGGAACACAAGAGAAGAAAGAGGAGAAACACAAACAACAACAAGAAAUACAUUGAACGCCUAACUACACUAACUACCAAUAUGUUGGUGCUAUCGUCAGCUAAAUGUAUUUCUGGUUGACACCAUGUGGGAGGCCUGUUGAUCAGGGGAAGAAGGUGGGAGAGUCUAUAAGCUAAGUGAUAGAAAGGAGUAGAGUGUACACAAAUCAUCUCUGUGAUCUAGAACCCAGUAAUCGCGUGAAUCUCUUGUGAGUGUAAGCCCGUUGGCGACCGACCCUACACCGCCCCAUCGCCAAUCCCGGCACCGGGACCCCCCGUCCGAGCACGAAUUUGAAUUGAGUCAAUCUGAAUUCAGUAACACAAUAAUAGUAUACAGUAAAGCAUGUUUUGUGUUUAUAAUCACCAGAUAGGCACUAUUAAGGGUGUAAUGGUACAUGUAUUUGUAUUGAACCGUUUCAAUACGUGGUGCUCAGUUUGGAACGGAGGCGUACCGAACAAGUUUCUGACGUAAUGUAACCCUCACUUUUCGAGGCUGUGAGUCGAUCGGGUUACAAUUUCUUUGUGUAAAUUAUAUUUCCUCUGUAUUCUCUACUAUAAUGAGGACCAACAUGGUAGGAAAGUAUAACCCAGAAACGUCAACGGCGCGACAACGUGUCCGCCGCGAGAACGCAGUGAAACGCGGGCGUUAAAGUCAAUCAGCCAAUGCACAUCAGUCGCAGUGCAGCCGCAUGUUAGACGCGUCCCAUAAGCGGCUCAAUGCGACGCAUGCGAAAAGAACGGCAGAGUUUAUUAUUUGACACGAGAUGCGACCCUCCUGCGUCAAUACUACUACCGUUAGCUAGGAUCGGGCAAAAGUCACUCGUGUAAAAAUACGGUGGAUCCGGUCGAUUUUCAAACUAAUAUGCAAUCGUAACCCACUUUUUGAGUCCAGCAGAUCUCUUGAGCGUUAGAUCGGGGCACAGUUGACUUGUUUUUGUUGAUUUACUGCUGUCUUCUCUGCGAUAAUAAUAACCAACACGGCCCCGUGUUCAAUACAAAACCCUCCUACCACAGCAAAACAAGUAGGAACUAAUAUUCACAUAGGAUCUAAAGUUAUACAACAUAAAAUAGACAAUAUAAAUGAAUACUACAUCACAUUUGUAAAAUAUAAACACAUUAAAAAAAAAAAAUAAUAGCCAAUUUAAAUAAAAUAAAUUGAAAUGAGCUAAAACACCUGUAAUUAAAUAAUAAGAAUAAUACACAGAUCCUGCUUACACAAUUAAAUUUAAUAAUUUCUGUGUGGCGCUUUAACUUGAGAAAAUCCACCAAUAAAGCUUUUGAAAACCGUUCAUAAGGAAAAAAAAUGAUUCAUUGAGGCAUUUCAUUUGUAAAAUACAUGUUAAAAUCUCAUUGGGAUUGCUUUUCUCUUUAGCACAGGACUUAUUUUUUCGUCUUUCUUUCAGAAAGAAAGCUGACCAAUACGCGGGGUCUGAAAGGCCAAUUGUGGUUGGAUUAUCUUUAAAUACCCGCUACUUUUAAAGCAGAAUUCUAGUUUUGUAUAGGUUAAUGUUCCUAUUGUUGAAAGCAAAAUGGUGUGUAAUAAACAACUAGCACAUUUAUAUUUUGCAUUUUGUUUUCUUACUGUACCGAAAAUGAACCGAACUGUGACCUCAAAACCGAGGUACGUACCGAACUGAGAUUUUUGUGUACCGUUACACCCCUAGGCACUAUAGAUACUAAAUGAGAUAAGUGAGUGCUUUACAAAUUCAGGGAAGCGCUAAAAAGCAAGGGCGUAGGUUUUGUGUCAACAUUGGUAGGGACGAGAGAACAGCAUAACCUGCAUGUACACUUUUUGCUGGGGACGGGACAUUAAUAUGACCAAACAGAUAAUUCAACCGGUCAGGGCCACAUUUCUCACCAAUAUGAACCUAAUUAACUGAUAGAAGAAAUGAUCAAAGCAAAAUAAAUCUGUCUUGACUUAUACUAAUUUUUAAUUGUGUUGGUUCACGUGAUACAACGCUGGAUUCAAACCUUUGCAUAGACUUCACUAUCAGUUGACGGGACAAGGGGCUCGGGGCCCAUCCGUAGGGGGUCUGUUGUUAAAUCUUAAUCAGAUAUAUUUUCAAAAACCAAAACAGGCACCUCCCUUAUGCAUAUACAGUACGGGUCUCCAUGAGCGGCAACAUCAAUAAAUUCAAAGUCGUUCCAUAAUAAAAUCCCGAUUAUUUUUUUGUAUAAGUACUGUACAGCAAAACUUUAAAUGUAUAUAAAAUUCUCAAAUUUUACGCUAAAUGCACAUAACAAUUCACCAAAUGGAGAGAGAUAAUCACCUAUAUUUUCAGGAUCAAUAUCAAUAUUUAAUAUAUCAUACAAGUUUUUGCCCAAAAUAGCAACUUCCAAUUUUUUUCAUGCACGUUUUCAACAGCUAAUCACUCAAUUUUCACAUCAGAAACUUAAUUCUUGAGAACAGCAUGCAGAAUCAUCUUAAUUUCACUCAACAAAAGCAAAACUUGCAUUUUUCUAUAUAAAAUCACGACUUAUUAAGGCUGAAUUCCUAAACAAAAUCCAACAUGGCGGCCGUCACAAAACAAAGAGCUUUUUCAGUUGGAAAUUAUUGUAAAUAAAAGCUUAAAUCACGGAAUUUCUAUAGAUAUGAAUGUAAAACAGUAUAGAUUCUUGGUUAAAAGCUAAAAACGGGCAGUUAUCGUUUAUUUUACAUAAAUAUUUCAAGCAAAGGUUACGGUAUUGUGUAAUCUAACAUGGCGGCCGUCACAAAACAUAGAGCUUUUUAAGUUGAAAAUUCUUGUAAAUAAAUGCUUAAAUCGCCGAAUUUAUAUAGAUAUGAACGUAAAACAGUCUAGAUGCUUAGUUAAAAGCAAAAAUAAAUAAAUAAUAAUUAUCAUUCAUUUUACGUAAAUAUUUCAAGCCACAGAACACUAAUUUUAUUCGUUGAUUUUUUUUUUCACAUUUCAAAGUGCAUGCACGGUGUUAUUUAAUAUAAUAAUUACCUUGAAUCCUCGACCAAAUCACUCUUGAGACCCUACUGCCUGAUGUAUGCAGUAAAACCUUCGUCCUGUUUCCACCUAAGUCUGGCGUUGGAAGGCAGCGUGUUUGAGUUUAUCACAGUGAAAGCCAACUCAACGUUCUGCCUGGGUCGGCCCCCUACGGGAAUGCGUGGCAUGAUGUCUAUGGGAUCUGUCAUGUCAACUGAUGGUGGAGUCUAUGACCUUUUUUCAAGUCUCUUUAUUUAAAAAAACAGGGAGCUAUCCAAGAAUGAGUCCACUUCUGGGGGACACUGGAGCACACCUACACUCAAACUAAAGUAAUUCAACAUAAAAGUGAUUUAGGAAAAAAUUCAUGACAAAAAAUCUGAGAUAUCCAAGGACCGAUCUAUAUCUGAGGCAUCCAAAGUACUCUCAUGAAAUUGUGUGAUUUCUGUAGUUUCCAAAAGAUAAAGCCCUAAGAAUCUGAGUGAUCUCCUCGCUCCGUCCCCCUCGCGCACCACUGGACACUGGCCAAGAAAAAGUCUCAUCCCGCUUGUUCUGAGUUCAUUGGUUUAAUCCAACAAAAAGUCAUCCACAGGUUGUCAUCCAAAAACAUAGACAAAGGAACAACUGAGAGAGAGAGAGAGAGAGAGAGAGAGAGAGAGAGAGAGAGAGAGAGAGAGACGUCAAAAAACUUCUGGCUGUAUGCUUCCUCCUUUUGCCUAGCGCCAACUGACCGUCUCACACCGUGGCUUCCGUCUAUACAAUACGUUGUCAAACGUGACGUCACUAACUAGUCCACGAAAUCAAAUAAACAAAUAACUAUGAACAUGAAUAAUCAACUAAACCAUUAUUUAGGUUCCUACUAUUUCAUUUCACUUUUUUUUUUCCAUGUCACCUGUUCAUGUCAGUAUCCCUCUGAAGUGGACCCAUUCUUGGGAUUUGCACUCUGAAGCCAACACUUUGCAUUACGGUAAUCCACAUAUUGCAAUUUUUAAGGUUCACACAGAUUAAUGCUAUGCUAACUCAGAUGCAGGUCGGACUUUUAGUAGCAAAAUUUGUGGUGUCUCCUCCACAGCAUUGAUUUACAUUACUUACAGUGGCUUGUGCUGGCCGGAAAAAAAAAGCCUUCUAAUAUCCCUCCUCUUCGAAGGGGGUGGAGGAGACUGCAUGUUGUAUUUCUGUCAGCGAGGUUGUGUGAGUGUGCCAUGUGUGUCUGUGUUGCGGGAGGAGGGGGCGGGGGGCUUAAGUAAUCAGCCAUCAAACGUGCGUUUGAAGGGAAAAAAUGGAUUGGCACAUUCAGCAAGUGAAAAGGGAUAAGUGUAAGUCUGAACAUAAUGAAAAUAAUUCACCUAAUCAGGGUAGAGUCAAUUCCAUGCUUACAACAUAUGGGAAGACAAUCUAAAUUACCUAUAGUCUAUAACUAAACUCAAUAUGUUGCAAAUAAGGUGGCUUAAAAGUUGGUGGGGACAAAUUGAGCAUCCUGAAAAGUUGGUCGUGUUAUGUCCCUACUGUCCCUAUGCAAACCUACGCCCUUGCUAAAAAGCAAUCAUUUUACUUUCUCAUUAAAAAGGAGGGCUGGCUUUUAUAGUUUAUACAAUUUUCCUUUGUAUGCUGUAUGUCUUACAACAACUUACAAGUUGCUUUACCUGCUUUUCCCUCUUCUGACUAAAACAUUGUUUAUAUCCACCAAUGCAUUCAUCCACACUGCUUCUCUUGUAGUAUGUGAAGGAAUCACAAAGUAUUUAAAAUAUAUGUGUAAAACAAAUUAACUGUAAUUGAAUGAUUGAAUACCGGUAAAGCAUUUUUUUUGUUUUUUUUUAAUUUCCUAAGUCUAAGCACAUUGCUAAUAUUAAACUGUGCAUCAUGUUACUGUGGCUUACAUUACAAUGAUAAUAAAUGUACUUUUUAUGGAAUAAA